UCAACAUCCGCAACAGCAUUGAAAUAAUAAACAUCACACAAUUUCGUCCAUACUAAGUUAUAUUCAACUACUUUAAUUUUAUUUAUUCAUGUUUUGUAGAAAGACCCCGUUUUUGUGAAGUCGACGCUGUAAUAGUGUUUCAAAUAGGUAGGCAAAAAGCAUUGUUCUCUAUGUGAAGGGGGUGGUCUUGGUGUCAAAUUUCACCAGGCUACCAAACUAGCUACGUAUUUUGGCGAAGGAUUUGCACAUAUUACUAGUUCGCUAGCUACUAAGUGUAUACAUUCUGUUUCGUUGGUCGGCCGACGACAAGCUUGUUAGCUACCAUAUAUGCGUGCUCGCUACAAUAUUUCGUUGUACUAAGUCUGCUCACUCAACCAAUGUAUGUGAGAAGCGCUCGAUCAACCAGGGGUUUAUAGCUAAACACGCUUCUAGAAUCUUUUGGAGCAGAAGCAGAGUUUAUGAAUGAAGGCAGCGUUCAAAUCUAGAUUGCAGUAGGCUAGUCUGUACUAGUCUAUAGGCUCACAUCGUCAAUGGCUUGGAUGCAUUCCAUCUCAAAAGUAUUAGAUUUUUGGUUGUCCAUUUAACUUUUUAUUAGCAUUGAUUUAGGCAUAUCUUAUUUGUCUUGCUUACUGUACUCUAUUCAGUUGACUAAACAAAUAGCUAUUGUGAGUCUAAGCAUUGUGUGCAUAGAUAAUCGGUCUGCUAACAGGCCUACAUUUCCCCCUCUUAAGAUGUUGUGUGACAGUUAACUGUCGCGUUGUGAAUGAUUGUAAGCCUAGCUGUCAGACACGUUUCCCGAGAUCUGGUUAUUCUACUUCUUUGUAAACCUUGUAGAGCAUGGUUUCCCAAACUCUGUCCUGGGCCCCGUUUUGUAUUUUACCCCAUCAGUACACAGCUGAUUCCAAUAAUCAAAGCUUGAGGAGUUGGUUAUCUGAAUCAGCUGUGUAGUGCUAGGAGAACCAAAAUCCUGUUGUAGAGCAUUCACUGAUGUACACUGAUGUUAUCUCUGGAGGUUAUAUGGUUUACAUAUUACUCUGGCUGAGUAAACAGAACAGGUCUGGCCAACAUCCCGCUCAGCCCGGAGACUGCUCAGGACCAGGAGAGGCGUAUCCGCCGGGAGAUCGCCAAUAGUAACGAGCGGCGCCGCAUGCAGAGCAUCAACGCAGGGUUCCAGUCGCUGAAAACACUCCUGCCACACACAGACGGCGAGAAACUCAGCAAGGCUGCCAUCCUACAGCAGACGUCAGACUACAUCUUUGCUCUGGAGCAAGAGAAGACCCAGCUACUGCAGCAGAACAACCAGCUCAAACGCUUCAUACAGGAGUUCAGUGGUUCCUCCCCAAAGAGGAGGCGUGGGGCGGAGGAGAAGGAUGAAGGGAUCGGCUCCCCAGACAUUCUGGAGGAGGAGAAAGCCGAGGAGCUGAGGAGAGAGAUGUUGGAGCUCCGACAACAGUUGGACAAGGAGCGCUCGGCGAGGAUGAUACUGGAAGAACAGGUGCGUUCUCUGGACAUGGUGCUGCACCCAGAGAGGCUGAAGGUGAUCACCCAGCAGGUCCAGGAGGAGCAGGCUCACAUCCAGACCCAGACCUUACUGAGGCUACAGCAGCUCCAUGCAGAGACCAGCGCAGAGAGGGACAGACACGCAGCACACAGCCCACAGGUGCGGUCCCCAGCCCCCACUCACCACCCCACGGUCAUCGUCCCCGCCCCCACGCUGACCCCGCACCACGUCACCGUGGUUACCAUGAGCCCCGCCUCCAACACCAGCACAGUGUCAACGUCCCGGCAGAACCUGGAUACCAUCGUACAGGCCAUCCAGCACAUCGAACGUGCCCAGGAGAGGAGGGGCAGUGCUGAGGAGGAGAGGAGACGAGCAGUCAUCGUUAGCCCUGCCCACGUCUCCAUGGAUACCACCGGCUCUGACACGGCCUCCGACAGUGAGGGAGAGGAGGACUGCUCCAUGAACUAACACAGAGAUACACAUACCGUGUUCUCUAUACAGUUUCAGACAGCAUGAGCCAAGGCUGCUCAAUGAACUGUUAGCUACCACACACACACCUAUACAUAUAUAUACACACACACACACACACACAAUACAUACUGUAUAUACACACAACGUGUUCUCUCCAGACAGUUUGAAAUCAAGGGAGAGGACUGCUUGAUGAACUGUUCGCUGCCACACACACACACCAAUACAAACACAAUCAGACAGCAUCUGACUGGUAGAGCGAAACAAUGACAUUUGUUCUACUAAAAUCCAAAUUCAAUCAUAAACCAGUGACCAACAAAUGGAACACACACGUUAGCGAUACCCACCCACUGUAGAAGACGAUCACAAAGAUUCCCUCCAGACGCCUGACUACUUUUUGAUAUAAAUGUUUCUUUUUUUUUUACCUGUCUUUGGCAUUAUAAUGACUAUGGAGUCAGCCAGUAGCUAUGAUAAGCUCUGGUCAGAUCAUGUGCUUUUAAAUCACAGAUGAAGAAGUGGGCUCAAUAUGGCCUUCUAUCGUAAAGGGCUUUCCAGACAAAGCUGCAGCGGGAUUCUUUUCAGGUGGAGCGAUCGGCGUUGCUCAUGAAGGCUGCUCAGCCGAGGCGGAGAAAAUGGGUAUCUGCUCUAAUUUAGCAACCUUGCUCCGCCCGAUCGCUUCCUGUCUGGAAAGUCUUUAAGACAAUAGACAGCGAUAGGUUGGCUCUGGCAGAAUACCACACAGCUGGUACUUAGCUGGAUCCCAUCAAUCACAUGUUUGAAUGAAACUUACAGAAUAAGCUGUGUCACUAGCUCUAUUAGGGUUACAUAGAAGCAAGCAGUGGACCAUUCUCUUAACCUUUCAAAGUCGUUUUCCAUCUUUUCUAUAAAAAAAAAAGUUUUCCUAAGUGUCGGGUUUACCAAGAAGAGGAUAGUUUCCAAUUAGGUCUCUUUUUGAUUUUUGUUUAUUUCAGUGACUAUGCACUAAACGUUUUUAGGUAUUUAUGCAAUUCCAAGCUACAGUAAAUUUGUUUUAUAGGUGGGGUAGUGUUGAAUAUUAGGCAAAAGUGUUUUUAAAAACAUCACCCCUUCACCCAAUAUGAAUCUAUGCACCUCCCAACAAGAGAACAUAACAUGCAUACAGUAUAGACGGGUUGGUUGUCUAGCAACAAAACCAAUGCAUGCGCAACUAUGGGGCAAAACAGACAGGAUUGGCUAAGAUUGUUGACACGUAAAUUAUAUUUUGUCUCAAUGUUUAUUGAAAACAUAAAUACACUUCUCUCAAAUACAUUCUUACAGUUGUUGCUUAGCUAGCUAGUGAAUUUGAGCCAUAGUCAAAGCACCUUAAAACAAGACAUGGUAUCAGUAACGAGCUGAAACGAGACACCUACGAUUCCCCACAAGGCAGCUUCCAGGCAUUGUUGCAAGCUAUCUGACCGCUCAGAAUCCUAAUACCACACGGCCUCAUCGAUGCGUGUGCAUAAUGUUUGUGAGAUGCUCAGCCAACCCGUCUUUGUCAACGUGUACAGUCAUAACACACGUGUAACUACAUGCAUUGAAGAAUGUAGUAUUUUUCUCUGAUGGUGCUAACAGGGAUCGUAUGCCCUCUGAGACCCCCAACUUUUACCAUUCGAUUUUGAAACCCCCCGGGGGCAUAUCCUAACCCAACGGGUAGCGCUCAACUCCUACACAAGCACUGAACUAGAAAUUUACCCCAGUCCCUUUCCCCUCGUACCCCUCCAUGUUGUCAGUUUGUUUUGGGAACGGGACUGGAAUCCCUUUUAUUUCUCUGGAAUCCUGGAGUCUCUCACUCACUUCCUAUGAUAUGUUGAUAUGAUGCUAAGGGUCAGGAGUUUUUCCUGAACCAUGUUUAAGGCUACAACUAGGGCCAUGAGUUUUCCUGUAUAGAUCUCGUGAUCAGAGAAGAACAGGAGUUUCUAGGAAUGCUGAAUCUGAAAUGAUGCUGUAAAAACAUUCCAUUUAUUUUGACAGUUUUUUUCUUGUUUCAUCCCUCCAUGCUCUAUUGCCAAUUGAUGCUGUGUUCGUUAUUUGUCUUAAAUGUUAUAUUUUUCUGCGAUUUCCUUAGUCAUUGUCUACGUAUGAAACGGCACCCUAUUCACUACAUGUGGCACUGGCCAAAACAAGUGCAGUAUUUAGCAUAUAGGGUUCCAUUGUCGACGUAGCCACUGUCUACAUGAAGCUCUUCCUGUGUGAGUACUUGGCUCCAGUGGGACAUUUGCGUUGACGAAGCUAAUUCAUUUUGUGAUUCAACUUCAUAACUGGUUACAAUAUUAUGUCUAUUUAGCCUCCCAGAUCUGUUUCUGCUCUUGCCUAACUCUGUUGUCAUUGUCAAGCCAAAACGCAUAACAAUUCCAUUAGGCGUUGGCAAGAGAGCAGAAACAUCUUAUUGUCUGUUGUAGGGGGAAAUUGUAAUUUUGUGUGAACUUCAAAUCUGGUAGUAGCUAUACUUACUGACUACUGCGUUAUGUCCCAAAUGGCACACUAAAUAGUGAACUACUGUUUACCAGGGCCCUGGUAUAAAGAGUGCACAAGGUAGGGAAUAGGGUUCCAUUUGGGACACCGGCCAGUAUCUUCAUCGUCCUCAUCAGAGAUAUUUAUCUUUUUGGUUGUUUCUUCUGUUCAGUUUUUUUAAUUUUUUUAUGCUGAAGAUGUGUGCAUCAUAUUUCAGCACUUGGUGUCCUGAGAGAUUGUUGGUUGUUAGAGAAUCUCUUAAUAAUCAAUAAUUAGAGAUUAUUGAUAUGAAGCACUUCCCGGUCUGUACUGCCUGAAUCAAGGACGACGAUGGCGCCGCAGAUUUUUACUAUGUUGAUCAAGCUCUUUUUGCUGUGACUUAAAACCGAACAGCUGUGUUUCUCUCCUUUUCUUCAAAUAUGUUAAUUUCUCUCAUCUCUCUGCCUGCUCUCUGCAUCCCUCCUUUUGUCCUAUUUUUUUAAUUACAGACAUUUGUAUAUUUUUUUAAUUUCUUUUUUUUUUUUUUUUUUGUCAGUCCAGGUCGAUGAGAAGCUGUUAUAUUUUGUUUAAGAAAAAUGAACUUGUUGGGAAAAACAGGCCUUUGUAAAGAAAAAAUACAAUAAAAUUUGUACUUUGUUUUUUAAUACAUA